CUAUGGCUACUGUUUUAUCUAACGUCUGUGUGUGUGUUCUGUGGUCUGUGUAUCUAACCUUAAAAUACUACGCUAUUCAACACUAUUUAAAAAGAAAAUAAUUAUUUUCUUAAAUACUUUAGAAAUAAAUAAUAGAAUAAUCAUGUCUGAAGAGGAAGUUAUUAGAAGGCGUUUAAUAUUUGAUGGUGAUGGAACAGGAGAAGACAGAAGACUGAAUGUUUUAUUAAAAAUGAUAAGUAAAUGGGUUAAAGUGGAUGAAUCAGAUGAAGAUUCCCAGGCAACGUACGACAAAAUAUUAUCUCAACUUAGUCUUGUUGAAUAUUCCAGACACAGGUCCCAAUACGUAAGUAAAGCAAAGGCAGAGCAGUUACAUAACUAUGAGACGUUAUACACUGAUAUGGAAGAAGCAAUAGAAAUAAAAAACAAAGAGAUUGAUCAGCAAAGGAAAGAGCUAGUGAAGGCUAAAAUAAUAAAACAACACCGUAUUCAGUAUGAUUUGUUGGCAAAGUCGAUAGCAAAGGAACCCCCAAGAACAAGUACAAAUAAAAAGCUGAAAACACUACAAAAAGAAUUAGCUGAUUUAGCUGCAGAGAAGAAACAACUGGACCAGAAGCUAAAUAUAAGGAAAAAGCAAUUUAAUGUUAUAGCUACUUCAGCCAGUUAUUUAGUAUCAUUACUUAACAAAAACGACAAGAGUAGCUAUGAAACUGUACAAAACAUAUCUGAGGGGGUGAAUUUUUCAGGGCCAGAGCCAAUGUCUGAGUAAAAUUAUAUAUUUGUGCUGAAAAUUACAGAAAAUAUUAUGUGAAUACAGAUAAUUAUGCGAUUUAGUGAAAUAUUAUUUUCAAAUACUUUUUUCAAACAUAGAAUAUAAUACUUCUUAUACUCUUUUUAUCAAAUGUCUUUGUAUUAAUUGUAAUUAUAUUUUUUUACAUUUAAUAGAUAUUAGGGAUUAAUACAGUUUACUACUUAUAUAUUUAAUGGAUUUGUAAUAUAAUUAUAUACACAUUUUUACAUUUUCUUACAUAAAAUAAAUAAUAUAAAGACACCAUGUACCA